AUGAGUAUAUUCUCUAAUGGGUAUACGAGGCUAGCCAACGCGUAUCAAUCCAGUGAUAUAUCGAGUCCAUCCAAGUUACUUUUUCAAAUCGUGAUCUUACAAUGUUUUUAUUAUUUAUCAGCCCUUAUAAUAUUUUAUUUGGUGGCAUCAUUAAAUGGAUAUGAUUUCAAGCUUGAUUGGAUAUUCCUGUGGGAAUUGGUGGCUCUGGAUAAUGCCAUGGGAUUGAUUUUAUUUAUAUUAUGGUUAUUUGAUUCGUUAUUAUGUGUGUUGUUUGUGACUAUAAUAGUUGGUAGAUCCAAAUUAGCCUGGGAUUUUGCCAUUACAGUUCAUAUCAUUAAUUUACUUGUGGUAUGGUCAUAUACUAGAAAAUUCCCAACUUCAAUAUUAUGGUGGUGUUUACAAAUCUUAAGUGGAGUUAUAUUGGUAACUUUAUCAACAUAUCUGACAAGAUGGAAAGAAUUAAGAACCACAUUCUUUGAUAAUAUGCUAGAUCAACAAGAAACAGGACAAGUUCAAAAUACUGAAAGUUUCGAAUUACGUGAUUUACCAAAACCAUCAGAACCACUGACUUAA